AUGUCGGAACCGGUCCGAUCGAUCAGCUCAGACAGCGCGACACAGCCAAGCUUGCUGAAUCCAGGAAUGGCUACCAACCCUACUUCUGGUCUGACGCUGCUCGAGCCUCCGAAGCCGUGUGGCUCCAAAACUUCAUCCAGCAUCUUUCAGGACACUACAGAUUCACCUGCUCCCGACUUGACGAACCGGAUUGAUGACGCCAUGCAGCCAAUCAACAAGACACAUGCCAAGGUUCACGACAUGUCUUCGUUGCCGCACGCACACUCCUCCGAUCAGUCGUCCAAUUCUCUCAGCUCACCCUGCUUCGUUCAUUCCUACUUAGACCGCGGCGUUGCUCUUGGAGAAAGCCUCAAGAAGCAGCGUCGGCAGCUUGCUCGACAGCGCCGAUCCAAGAGCUCGCGUCAAAUAUCGCAAAAUGAUGUCGCUUCUGCUGAUGACGACUCGACUCCUCAAAGCCAGCUUAUGCACGCUCAGCCCACUUCUCAGGAAAGGAAAGCUUCUUCGUCUUCGGAAUCACCUCAGGCUUUGAGCUCUCAAUCGCGAUCUGGUCUGAUCUCGACGGACAGGGCGCAGGCUCUAGCGACGGAAGACGAGUCCUUGUCAAGCUCAGAUGCAACGUCGACCUAUAUCAAGCGCCGAACAGAGCGUGCAUCAGCUCGGGUCCGCAUUCGCACCAGCUCGGAUGAUGAUGACGACGACGAUGAUGAUCGCGACGCCGACAACGUCGCUCACCAGCCUUUAUCCGAUCAAGAUUCUUCUUACGGAUCAUCGUACUCAUAUUCGACAGAUGAGGAAGAUUCUGACAAGGUUCGAUCUCUCACCCGCCAAUUGGCGGAGACUGCUGUGGGUGUGCGUGAAAUGAGCAAGCAGCUCGGACGCGCCAGGGUCAAGUCAACCAUCCAGUCGGUCAUGAUCAUCACAAAAGCUAGAGACAAUCAUCUCAUCAAGCUAACUCGGGAGCUCGCCAUCUGGCUCAUGACCACACCCCGCAAUGGCAAGGAUACCGGUCUCAUCGUAUACGUCGAUUCGCAGCUUCGACAGUCGAAACGUUUCGAUGCUGAGGGCAUCCGCAGAGAUUAUCCGCAGCUCUUUGACUCCAGACCAAAGAGGACUCCGAGCUUAUCGUCCUCCUUCUCGUCUACAUCCGGCCACGAUAACAACGGCCCUUUCAACAGGACCGAGGGCGGCAACCAGCUGCGAUUCUGGAACGCUGACAUGUGCUCGCGCUCGCCACAUCUCUUCGACUUUGUCGUCACCCUUGGCGGCGACGGUACUGUUUUAUUCUGUUCCUGGCUUUUCCAGCGUAUCGUUCCUCCAGUCUUGCCAUUUGCACUUGGAUCGCUCGGCUUCUUGACCAACUUCGAUUUCAAAGCGUACAGAGAGGUCAUGAAGUCGGCCUUGGAUGAUGGUAUUCGUGUCAAUCUUCGCAUGCGUUUCACAGCCACCGUCUACCGUGCCACGUUGCCCACUUCCAGCUCAGCCGACCGUCAUCGUCGGCAAGCCAUCAAGUCGGGCAAGACGGGCGAGAUCAUUCUCAAUUCGGUCAAAAACUGUGGUUGGAAUGCCAUCGAGUCUCCAAACCCCGAGCAGGGACAUUCAGGUCACAGGCCACGCUCACCCACUCGGCCCGACGAAGAAGUUGAAGUGCCUUCGAUGGAGAAAACGUCAAAGAAGAAAGGCAAGAAGGGCAAGAAGUGCCGAGACAAGGAGAUCAUGUGCUUCAGCACACGUCCUGUCGAGACAUUCGAGGUGCUCAACGAUCUCGUUGUCGAUCGAGGGCCUAGCCCCUACGUCAGUCUACUCGAAGUGUUCGGUGACGAACACCACAUGACAACCGCACAAGCAGACGGUCUGUGCAUUUCCACACCUACAGGCUCAACUGCCUACUCGCUGUCAGCAGGUGGCAGUCUGGUGCAUCCGGAGAUCCCAGCCAUCUUGAUCACACCCAUCUGCCCCCACACACUCUCGUUCAGACCGAUGCUUCUGCCCGAUAGCAUGGAGCUGCGCAUCGCUGUGCCGUACAACUCACGAAGUACCGCAUGGGCAAGUUUCGACGGUCGUGGACGUGUGGAGCUCAAGCAAGGUGAUCACAUCAAGGUCACAGCAAGUCAAUACCCCUUCCCCACGGUGUGCGCCGAGAACCAAUCGACAGACUGGUUCUCCAGCAUUUCGCGCACACUCAAAUGGAACGAACGACAAAGACAAAAGUCGUUCGUUGUUGUCGAAGAGGGCGCUGACCCCGACUCGGGCAACAACCAAGAGAAGGGUAAGGACAGCGCUUCCGACGCUUCUCCGAACAAGAUGUUUGCCAAGCACGGACACAAUGGGGACCAGGACAGCAGUAGUGAUGACGAUGAGGACAGCAGUGAUGAAGAUGAUGAUGACGAAAAGGGAAAGGACAAGGAGGAUGAGGACGCGGAGAAGUUCGAUAUUGACGACACCAGUACGACUGUUACUCGCAGCAACAGUCCCAACUCGCAUGGUGAUGGCCACGUACGAAGACGAUCGGGACAGAGCACAGCUCGACACGCAAAUGGCGCUCCGAGACGCAGUAGCGGUCCUUCGCUAUUGAGCAGCUCGUUGCCUCGUCUCACAUCCAUUGCCAACGCCUUUGGUCCCAAGCCAGGAGAAGGACAUAGCAGUGGUCAUGGUCAUGCCAAGGAGGGAACAUCGUCAACAGCUUCGUCCAAUCCGGGCUCUCUUCUCAAUAGCCCCGACCGUUUCGGCUUGCAAGGACCCCCUAAUCCACCCAAGGCCAUUAGCGAGCGCCAUUUAGCUAAUGCCGACUUCCGUCUCGACGGAGUGCGUGUCCUUUCAUCAUCGAGUGUUCCAAUUGUGGGCUCCUCGUCCUCGAAAGGUGCUGGAUCAGGUUCGGGAUCGGCACCACGCGCAGCUCGCACGACCGAAUGUGGACGCAGUUGGAGCUCGCGAGACAAGCCAAUGACUCCCUCUUCUGCCUUGGCCCGAGAGGAAACUCCUCAAGGGCUCCGUUUCGAUUCGGUGAAGGAGGUCGGAAGGCGAAGCAUAGAGCAGAAUUCCGACAGAUACGAUCGAUCCAGCAACAAUGACACUGGAGGCACAGCGCUGGUGGUGUAUGGUGAGGAUGAAAGCGAUUCAGAUUCGACCACGGGCGCUGGACACUAG